CUUGGGCGAGAGCUGGAACGUGGAACACAGCUCCGGUCCUAGCACAGCCACCGCGAUGAGAGGCGCUCGCGGCGCCUGGGAUUUUCUCUGCGUGCUGCUCCUCCUGCUCCGCGUCCAGACAGGCUCUUCUCAACCAUCUGUGAGUCCAGGGGAACUGUCUCCACCAUCCAUCCAUCCAGCAACAUCAGAAUUAAUAGUCAGCGCUGGUGACAACAUUAGGCUGUUAUGCACCGAUCCAGGCUUUGUCAAAUGGACUUUUGAGAUCCUGGAUCAAAUGAGUGAGAAUAAGAACAAUGAAUGGAUCAUGGAAAAAGCAGAGGCCACUAACACAGGCAAAUACACGUGCACCAACAUAGGCGGCUUAAGCAGUUCCAUUUAUGUGUUUGUUAGAGAUCCUACAAAGCUUUUUCUUGUGGACCGUUCCUUGUAUGGGAAAGAAGACAAUGAUACCCUCGUCCGCUGUCCUCUGACAGACCCAGAGGUGACCAAUUAUUCCCUCAAGGGGUGCCAGGGGAAACCUCUUCCCAGUGAUUUGACGUUUGUCCCCAAUCCCAAGACCGGCAUCAUGAUCAGAAGUGUGAAACGCGCCUACCACCGGCUCUGUUUGCAUUGCUCUGCCGACCAGGAGGGCAAGUCGGUGCUGUCAGACAAAUUCAUCCUUAAAGUGAGGCCAGCCUUCAAAGCUGUGCCAGUUGUGUCUGUGUCGAAAGCAAGCUAUCUUCUUAGGGAAGGGGAAGAAUUCACAGUGACGUGCACAAUAAAAGAUGUGUCUAGUUCCGUGGACUCAAUGUGGAUACUAGAAAGCAGUCAGCAGACUAAAGCACAGGUAAAACAUAAUAGCUGGCACCUGGGUGACUUCAAUUAUGAACGUCAGGAAACGUUGACUAUCAGCUCAGCAAGAGUUAAUGAUUCUGGAGUGUUCAUGUGUUAUGCCAAUAAUACUUUUGGAUCAGCAAAUGUCACAACCACCUUGGAAGUAGUCGAUAAAGGAUUCAUUAAUAUCUUCCCCAUGAUGAACACUACAAUAUUUGUAAAAGAUGGAGAAAAUGUAGAUUUGAUAGUUGAAUACGAGGCAUACCCGAAACCUGAACACCAGCAGUGGGUUUAUAUGAACAUAACCUCCACUGAUAAAUGGGAAGCUUAUCCCAAGUCUGAGAAUGAAAGUAACAUCAGAUAUGUAAGUGAACUUCAUCUAACCAGGUUAAAAGGGACCGAAGGAGGCACGUACACAUUUCUAGUGUCCAAUUCUGAUGUCAAUGCUUCUGUGACAUUUAACGUUUAUGUGAACACAAAACCAGAAAUCCUGACUUAUGACAGGCUUGUGAAUGGCAUGCUCCAGUGUGUGGCUGCAGGAUUCCCAGAGCCCACAAUAGACUGGUAUUUUUGUCCAGGAACUGAGCAGAGAUGUUCUGUGCCUGUAUUGCCAGUGGAUGUGCACAUACAAAACUCAUCUGUGCCACCGUUCGGAAAACUAGUGGUUCAGAGCUCCAUAGAUUCUAGUGCAUUCAAGCACAAUGGCACGGUUGAGUGUAAGGCUUACAAUGAUGUGGGCAAGAGUUCUGCCUAUUUUAACUUUGCAUUUAAAGGUAACAACAAAGAACAAAUCCAUCCCCACACGCUCUUUACUCCUUUGCUGAUUGGUUUCGUUGUCGUCGCUGGUAUGAUGUGCAUCAUUGUGAUGAUUCUGACCUACAAAUAUUUACAGAAACCCAUGUAUGAAGUACAGUGGAAGGUUGUUGAGGAGAUAAAUGGAAACAAUUAUGUUUACAUAGACCCAACCCAGCUUCCUUAUGAUCACAGAUGGGAGUUUCCCAGAAACAGGCUGAGUUUUGGGAAAACCUUGGGUGCUGGUGCUUUUGGGAAAGUGGUUGAGGCAACUGCAUACGGCUUGAUUAAGUCAGACGCGGCCAUGACUGUCGCUGUGAAGAUGCUCAAACCAAGUGCCCAUUUAACGGAACGAGAAGCCCUAAUGUCUGAACUCAAAGUCCUGAGUUACCUCGGUAAUCAUAUGAAUAUUGUGAAUCUUCUCGGAGCAUGCACCAUUGGAGGGCCCACCCUGGUCAUUACAGAAUAUUGUUGCUAUGGAGAUCUUUUGAAUUUUUUGAGAAGAAAACGUGAUUCAUUUAUUUGCUCAAAGCAGGAAGAUCACACAGAAGUAGCACUUUAUAAGAACCUUCUGCAUUCAAAGGAGUAUUCCUGCAGUGACAGUACGAAUGAGUACAUGGACAUGAAACCUGGAGUUUCUUAUGUUGUCCCAACCAAGGCAGACAAAAGGAGAUCUGCGAGAAUAGGCUCAUACAUAGAAAGAGAUGUGACUCCUGCCAUCAUGGAGGAUGAUGAAUUGGCCCUAGACCUGGAAGACUUGCUGAGCUUUUCUUACCAGGUGGCAAAGGGUAUGGCUUUCCUCGCCUCGAAGAACUGUAUUCACAGAGACUUGGCAGCCAGAAAUAUCCUCCUUACUCGUGGUCGAAUCACAAAGAUUUGUGAUUUUGGUCUAGCCAGAGACAUCAAGAAUGAUUCUAAUUAUGUGGUUAAAGGAAACGCUCGACUCCCUGUAAAGUGGAUGGCACCUGAAAGCAUUUUCAACUGUGUGUACACGUUUGAAAGUGACGUCUGGUCCUAUGGGAUUUUUCUGUGGGAGUUGUUCUCUUUAGGAAGCAGCCCCUACCCUGGAAUGCCGGUGGAUUCCAAGUUCUACAAGAUGAUCAAGGAAGGCUUCCGAAUGCUCAGCCCUGAGCAUGCACCUGCUGAAAUGUAUGACAUAAUGAAGACGUGCUGGGAUGCUGAUCCCCUAAAACGGCCAACAUUCAAGCAGAUCGUUCAGCUCAUUGAGAAGCAAAUUUCCGAUAGCACCAGUCACAUUUACUCCAACUUAGCAAAUUGCAGCCCCCACCAAGAGAACCCCGCGGUGGACCAUUCUGUGCGGAUCAAUUCUGUCGGCAGCACCGCUUCCUCCUCCCAGCCACUGCUGGUGCAUGAAGAUGUCUGAGCAGAAUGAGCAUACGCGUCUGCCCUUCAGGAAUGAUCCCCAUUCUUUUGGCUUCCAUAAUGGUUAUUUUAUUUUCCUUCGACUCGCAUCCUACUCCAGGGUAGUAGUGGGCACCCCACUGUAAUCCUGUCUUUAUGAGCACACUUUAGUGGCCGAUGAUUUUUGUUAUCGGCCACCAUCCCAUUGCAAAGGUUCGAACUGUAUAUAUCCCCAAUAGCAGAGUAGCACCCCUACUGUAGACAGAAAACAAUUCUGAUUUAGAGGAAGAGUGAGAUGGGCUAGAUGCCCAGAGUCCUUUCCAAGGCUUCUCCAAUUCUGUUUGAAAACUGUGGUUGAUAAUUUAUUUGAAUAAAUGGUAGUAGUCACAUUUGGCCUUCAAAACGUUUCAUAAUGAUGUAAUGAUGCAGCAAGAUGAGAAGCUGAAGCCUCAGCCCUUUAUAUGGAAAAUAGAACAUUAUUAGAACAAAGGACAGAUGUAUGAACAACUGGGCUUAAGAAAUCUAGAAUUUCAUGCUGGGAAUGAGAUGUAGGUCUUAAAAAAUACUCCCCAAGUAUGAAAAAAGGCACUGCCUGGGCCACAGCACGAGCUUACAUACUACUGACCUGUCUGGUUUUUAAAUAGAAUUUGCUAUUAGGAGUUGAAUUAGGAGAGAAGGCCUCCCCAACAAGCAUCUGUAUAUAUGCAUCUAUAAAUUGUACACAUUCAUACAUUUGAGAGGAAAACCCCACAAGGUUUAGUUUCUGUACACAACCCUGGUGUUAUGUCUGCUGUCUGUAGGGAUAAGUUAAGAGCCAUAUAAGUUUGAAGGAAAAAGUUAAUACUUUUGUUGGUUUUUUAAAGAAAAACUGUAACUGCCAAGCACAGUCUUAACAAAAUCUCCUCUUUUAGCUGAUGAACUUGCUCAUAGAUUCUCUAGAACAAGCCUGCCAGCUUCAGAAUAGCAUUGUCCUCAAUGGAUUUGAUGCUGUUCGAGAAAGUUAAUGAUUUACAGCAUGAGAGUCCCACAGGAGUGAGAAAACAGUGCUGUCUUCCUUUGGAUUCUUACAUAGCAGGAAAUAAAGUUUAGAUUUAGCCUUUUUGACAGGCAUGGCCUGGACAUUGGGCCAGUAUCUCUAUAAGUGUGUAUGUGUGUGUGCAUAUGUAUGCCUGCAGACAAAUAUUUUGGGGAAGUGUUCUUGCCCUGAGUCCAAGAGGGUCCUUCAGUACCCGAGAAGUGACUUGGCUUUCAUCAUCAGUGUGCUCCUAUUUCUCUCCACAUAGCUGUCUAGAGUAGCUUACCAGAGCAUACAUAGAGGCACAUAAGCAGUAGAGUGCUUAAGGAACUAUUUAUUUGCAAUCCACCUGCACUUAAGGCACUCUGUUAUUUAUAGUUAACAUACUGUACCCAUUCCUUAGGCCGUAUAUAAUGCUACUGUCCCACUAGAACGUAUUUAAAGUCUACCCUUUAGGCUGUAGCCUGGAUAUUAUUCUUGUAGUUCACCUUUUUUUCCUUCCCUUAUUACUGCCCAAUAUAAGAGGUAAAUACAUA